AUGGAGGGGGAGGAGGGGAAGGGGAGGAAGGAGAAGAGGGCCCCGGCGAUGGCAGAGUCCUUGGGAUGGCUGACCGAAUCGGCGGUGAUGCCGAAGAAGCACCGGGCGAUCGAGGGCGUCGGCGCGUCCUCCAUCUUGGAGCUCAAGGCUCAGCUCUACCGAACGCAGGAAGAGGCGCGCAAGACCAAGCAGGAGGCGUCGUCCGGCGGCGACGCCGCAGAGCACAUCCGCGCGAGGAGACUCGCCGACGCUCCCGAUGUGUUCUCCCGGAAGAACUCUGGAGUUGAGUCCCGCGCGAACAGGUACGUGCACUUCCGUUCCCCUCCCCUUCUUAAUUUGAGAAUUUUCUCCCCCUUUGAUGGAGAAUUGAGGGAGGUCAAUCUUUAGGUAUCAAUCUCCUUUCCAACAUCGUGGGAUCUCGCCGUGCCGCUCUUUCCCCGUCGGCGCGAAUUUGACGGUGCAAACCCUAGAACGGGCCGCUUGUGACUCGUUUCCGCAAAAUGUUCAUCGCAAUCAUGUAGAUUUUCCUUAUCCUCCAAUCAUGUGUCCUUUUCGGUUCUGUUCGCCUGUGGAGGUUUCUGUGGCUGCGAAUUAGCCAUGGAAGCAGUAGUCACAGUUCUAAGGUCUCAUCGCAGGACAAAAAGUUAAGCUAUAAACAGGCCACAAUUAGAGAUCUAUAUAGGGCGAUUGUGUUUUCAAAACAAGUAAUCGUCGCCUCGUCGAAUGCGGAUGUAUCCCCUGUUUUUUCUUCUUCCUCUUUUUUUUUUCUUUUCUGUUUGUUUCCCCUUAGAAACAUCGAACGAACUUGCAAUCCACUUCGGUCAGAAAAAAAGCAGUUCAAUUCCCUAAUCGAACGCAUCCCUUUGUUUCAAGUGAGGAUCCGGUUAGGUGCCCAGAUCCUAAACUAUGAUGUCAAUGGGGACGCUUUCAGAUGUCAAGAUGAACUGUGAGAUAUCAUGGCUUGAAGCUGUAGUGGGUUCUCGGCACUCUAGUCUCACCCAUUCUUGUGUGUGAUAAUUUUAUUUUAUUUUUUUUCUCAAAGGAAAUGUUGGAACCAUUUUAAGCAACGUCAAAUGGGGUUUCUUAAUUCUGAAAAAUCUCGCCGCCAAGAAAUGCUUUCCUUCCAAAAAAAGUCUGAUGGGUGUUUUCCCGAAGAAACAUGUUCAUACGCUAGAAGGCUGAUGGAUGCGUGAACGACAGUAGCCAGGAAGGAGCGUUCAGUAGUUCAGAAAUCAUCUCUUUCAACGCUGUGUAUAAGAAUGAAUGUUGCCAAUCCGAAUAUGUAGUUCUCUCAGUCCAUCUUCCCCCUCCCCCUAAUAUUCUUGUAGUGCUUCUGAUCCUCCUGCCUUCCUCUCCGUGCUCCAGGGACAAGCUAGAGCUGAAGUCAGCGAGCGACGGCUCGGCCAGCUACGCGGCUCUGGAGAAGAAGGCCGAGCUCUACGAGAAGCUCUGCAGAGGGGAGCUUCCGGACGAGGAUGAAGUCUACUGCGUCGACUUCUUCAGGAAGAACGUCGUCCAGGAAGAGGAGGCGGAGCCCCCCGGUGCUCCCCCGGAGAACUGGAACGGCGCCGGUGACGGCGAUGGCGCCGACGCUGACGCCGACGCAGACGCGGUGGUGCUGGCGGCGAAGCUGAUCGGGCCCGGCCGCACGAGCGCCCUGAUGGACAGAGACGAGCACAAGAGAUUCGUGAGGUACUCUACGACAUGGGUCCCAGUGUGGAAUUAGAUCUGAACUCGUCCAUCUCUUGGUAAAUGGGGAUGAAGUUGAAGAAGGUUCUCACUGGCGUGAUGGUGAAUCUCCGCAGGGAGGUCCACGAGGAAGCGAGCGAAGCGAGGGAGAAGGCGUCGGAGCUCAAGCUGCGGAGGCGGGAACAGGAGGCCGCCCGCCGGGACAGGCUCAGGCAAGCUUACCUCCGUAAGCAACUCGACAAGCUCAAGGCCGCGCAGCAGACCCAGCCCUGA